AUGGGCUACGAAGCAGAUUUACAAGCUAAAGGUCUCCUGUGUGAUUUGACUUCCAAAAUUCCGGACAAUAUGCAAGAAUCGUGGGGGAAUUGGGUAGUUAAGAAGGGCAAAGGAAACCCAACAGUUGAGUUGUUCUAUCAAUGGCUGAAGUCUAAAGGGAAUGCCUUGCGUUUUACAUCGUUGUCGUCAGAUCCGCCGUGUUAUCAGAGUAUUGACAAGUCUAAGAAGGGACAUGAGGUGAAGAAAACAGUAACCACAUUGACUACACCCUCUACCCAGGUUAAGAAAUACUGUGCCUAUUUCAAUGGUGAACAUUGGCUGGACUCAUGCGCUAAAUUUUCCUGUAAAACGCUAAGUGAGCGCCUAGCCUGGUUUAAGGAAAAGGGCAGAUGUUUUCUGUGUACCAAAACUACCCACAGGUCUAGUGGAUGUUUCCUCAAGAUAAGAUGCAAAGUUAAAGAUUGCGGCAAAUCGCAUGCUACAAUCCUUCAUGAAGCCUUUUCUGCUCCUAAGCUGGCUCAAAGUAGUUUCUCAACAGAUCAAACUAAAGCAGGCAUGCCAAAGGAAGGAAGCAAGCCAGACGUCCAUUCCGUUGGUGUUGGUUUCAUGAAAAAAGGAAAAUCAGUGGUAUAUCUACAGACAUUGCCGACGCGAAUUCACACUCCCAGUGGACAGGUCGUUGAUACAUACGGGUUACUUGAUAGUGGUAGUCAGGCUACACUCAUGCAAGAAGAUUUUGCAAAAAGUAUUGGUUUGAAAGGUCCCUCAUCAAAGUUACGCAUGUGUGGCGUUGGUGGCAAGCUAUCGAAACAACAGUCCAAGUGUCUAUCGUUUUGGUUGAGUGAUCCCAAAAAUGAUUCCAAACCACUAAUUAGAGUAAAAGAAGCGUGGACUUUCAGUGAGCCUUUUAGUCUUUCGGUUCAUGCUGGUAACAAUGCAGAUUUCUCAUCCUGGCCACAUGUACAUCAUUUGAACUUGGAACAUGCACCUGACUCGCUAGACAUAAAGGUUUUGAUAGGGGUUAAUGUUACGAAGGCCCACACACAACUAGAAGUCCGGGAAGGCCCUGUAGAUCUGCCAAUCGCCGUACAUACCCCCUUGGGAUGGACUGUAAUGGGUGUGGAUCGUGCUCAACCUGAUAGUUCUGGUAAUGAACAUGAUGUGAGUGUCAACAACUUUCUGAUCAACAUGAUCACCGACUUAGAACAGAGUGUUGAACGGUUCUGGAAAACCGAAAGCUUUAGUACUCUCGAUGCAACAGAUGUCCCCUAUUCAAUGGAAGAUAAAAGAGCACAAGAAACACUUGACACAACAACAUGUAUUACAGAGAAUGGUCAUUAUGAAGUCAGCAUGUUAUGGUCGAAACCCCCGGAUCUUGUAGAUAAUAAGCCAUAA